UUCUUUCAAUCUUGUCUCAUUUAAACAGUUUCUGGCAAUUUUGAAAAGGAAAAUAACUCAAAAGAGGAUGGAGCUGACAUGGACAGGAGUUUUGCUUCUUCUCUGCAUAUUUUUCACCCUUUUCUCAUCUUUCCAAAUGUACAAGAAAAAGGGGCAGCUGCCCCCUGGACCUACUCCAUGGCCUAUUCUUGGAAAUCUCUUUCAGCGAGAUGUACUACCUUUGUAUAAACAUUAUCAAAAGCUUGCUGAUAAAUAUGGACCUGUAUUUACUGUCUGGAAUGGAUCAAAACCAAUGGUUGCUCUUUGUGGGUACGAGGUGGUAAAAGAUGCUUUGGUAGAUCAUUCAGAAGAAUUUGGUGGGCGAACUGAAAUGCCUGCUAAUAGGCGAAUGUUCCAAAAUAAAGGUCUGACCACUACUGAUGAGAAGAAAUGGAAGGAGCUACGACGGUUCACAUUGUCCACUUUGCGAGAUUUUGGGAUGGGGAAGAAAAGAAUGUCUGAGAGGGUGCAGGAGGAAGCCCUUUGUCUGGUGGAGGAAAUGGCUACCACAAAAGGGCAGCCUUUCGAUCCAAGAAGAAUUUUUGCAAGUGCUGUUUCUAAUGUGAUCUGUGCAGUUGUCUUUGGCAAUCGAUUUGAUUACAAAGAUAAAACCUUCAUACAGAACCAGAAGAUUUUUGAGUCUCAACUAAGACACUCUGUUAGUUUCUUAGGACUGGUAUACAAUACAUUUCCAAAAAUAGUGGAAUUCUUUCCUGGACCACACAGAAAAAUUUUUGGUGAGAUUGACAGUGUCCUUGAUUAUGUCCGUGAGAAUGUGGAUUUGCACAAAAAGACAUUGGACCCCCAGAACCUGCGUGAUUAUAUCGAUUGCUUCCUUCUUAGACUGGAGAAGGAAGAGAAACCAUCUGAGGGUAUAUACACUCUUGAAGAUCUUGUGAUUAUUGUGUUUGGACUCUUUCUUGCUGGGACAGUAACCACAAGCCACACUUUGCUUUGCAGCCUUCUAGCGAUGGGUAAAUUGCCACACAUUCAAGCUAAGGUGCAACAGGAAAUUGAUGAGGUGGUGGGUUCAAAUCGCACUCCAAGCAUGGAAGAUAGGUUGAAGAUGCCUUUCACAAAUGCUGUUAUUCACGAGGUUCAGCGAUAUCAGAAAGGGAGCCUUGAAACCUUUCCACGGGCAACAACUUGUGACACAAAGUUUCGUGGUUACAUCAUUCCCAAGAGCGUGGCUAUUGUGCCAGUCUUCUCCUCUGUACAUUUUGACCCUCUUCAUUGGGAGACUCCAGAGAAGUUCAAUCCCAACCAUUUUUUGGAUGAAAAUGGCCAGUUCAGGAAGAGAGAUCCUUUCAUGCCAUUCUCAGCAGGGAAGAGGGCCUGUCCAGGGGAGGCCCUGGCUAGGAUGGAGCUUUUCCUGUUCUUCAGUGCCCUGCUCCAGAAUUUCACCUUCUCUCUGGUUGGGGACACUAAAGAUGCGGAUGUAAUGUCUUUGUAUACGGACUUCAUAAAUAAUCAAUACCCCCUUAUACGAGCUGUUAAACGUUCAGUGGACACUUGUAGUAAAUAAUUAGGAGAAAGAACCUACCUUAAUAGAUACUCAAAUAAAGCAUGUGGGAUGGCUAUUACAUUUAAAGGCAAUCUUAAUAAUGAUGUGGAAUACAAAUAUAAUAUUUAUAGCAAAGGUAGCUACUCUGACCUCUUAUCUCUUUUCUGUUUCUUAUCUGUUUUCUGUUUUAUUAUCUGUUAUAUAUUUUGGCACAAUUAACAAUCCUUCUGAAAUAAUAACUUUCCCCCCCAAGCUAUACUCAUCAAACUUUCAAUAUAUAAUCCCUACUGGAUAUUUAACCAUACAAGGCUCUCAGAAGUUUUAUUGCAAAUUGAUGUUGUGGACUAAUCUAUAUUUUAAGGUAACAGGAAGAUCUUGUAUUGGUACACUUUGGCUAAAUGCAAGAUCGAGUCAUCUUUUGUUGAUAUCUAAUGGUAAUCUAAUGUUUUAAAGACUGACAGACUGAGUAUUAUAUAUAAUUGAACUAUAAUAUUUGCUAUAUCUAAACUCUGAUAAAUAACUUCAUUAUUGUAGAUAAUAAAGAAUUAAAAUAUAUAAUUUCAGAAAAUCAAUGGUUCCAGAUGUAGUUUUUUAAAAAAAAGAAUGAAAGAGAAUGAACAUGAAUAAAAAUGGAGAAAUUAGAACUUGAGGGCGAAAGAAGAUGUGACUUAAUAAAAUGAGCAAGGGAAUAUUAGGAAAUGAAUAAAAACUAUGAAAAACAAAUAUUUUUGCAAAAACUGUAACUAAGUAAAAUGUAUUUGAAUAUAUUGAAUUGUAUAAGAUAUAAUAUGGUCAAUACUCUGUUCAUAAAUCAUGUAUG